UUCAACGUUGUAAACCAUUUGCUCUGAUAGGGUUUUGCCCUCUUUCAAUAGUGAUUGACAUGGUCUCUUCCUCUUCCUCUACCGUCUCUCUCAUCCGCUCAUCUUCGCCAUGUAACCCGCUUCUGCAGCUGCCUCGCAACUUGCUUCCGCUUCUACUGCGCCGCGCAACCCACUUCCCCGCCGUCGCGCAACCCGCUUCCCCGCCGCCGCACAACCCGCUUCCCCAGCUUUCUAUCAGAAUGUAAUUUCAAUUCGAAAACAGUUGGAACAUUUAAAAGAAUACAAAAAUAGGUUGGAGAGGAUUCUUGGUAAACAGAAGAUCAUAUGAAGAACGCUAUAUUUUUCAGAAGUGCAGGGACAAAUGACUUUGUUAUUAAUUAUUUUACAUUGCCAAUACGAAGAAAGACAGAGGAUAAGUUAUUGUUUGGAACGGUGUAGAAUUGAAGGAAGUAAUUGGUAUCCAGAGGAAGAGAAAGAAGAGGACAGAGGGUAAGUUAUUGUUUUGCAGCAUGAAGCAGCAGCUACCUGGCGUUGAUGCUAAAUUGCAGAAGAUUACAGAAGAUAAGAGAAGAGAAGAGAAGAGAAGCAUUUCUGCUAGGGUUUUUCAUUCAAUUUCAUUCAGCGCCAUUCUCUCAUCCUCUUCCUCUACUGUAUCUCUUGUUCGCCAAUCCUCGCCGCCACAUCACGCUUCAGACGACGCCGCAACCUGCUUCCACCGCCGCCGCGCAAGACGCUGCCUCAACGCUUGGAGUUCUGAUCUGAAAUUAGCAAUAGCCUUGCAACAACAGGAUAUCACUACAUUCCAAAUAUAUUCUAAGUUUUCAGAUGGCUUUAAGAUCAAGGAAUGCAGGACUGUCUACUAACAGCAAUAACGCAGAAUGGAUUGAACCAUGAUCUUUAGGGAAAUUUCUUUUAAUGCUAUAUCCUUUGGUGUGUCUUGUUGGAUUUAUCUUAAACUAGGCUAAUAUCUUUGGUCCUAUAUGAAGUAUUUGGUCAAGAAAACUACUCUUACCAACAUUUUUAAUUCUCCCAGUUGCCCUUACUAACAUUCAUCUUUCAUGUUCAUGUCAUUUGGAGUUGGUUUUUACUUUUUACCAUUAAAAAAGGAA